GUUGUGAAUAAAUAUUUCUUUUUAUGAACACAGAAUUUACUAUUUAGUCCUUAUUUCGUGUGCGUUCUGGCUAUGCGCAUUGGUGAUCCAGUUCAGAGGGCGCGGCUACGUGGACUAUUACCACAUUUUCUGGUCAGUCAGGGACGAAAGCGGGUAUAUUUUGCUCUCAGCUCAUUUCCACAUUUCCUGUCUGGUCGUGGUAUCUAGGGCACGACCCGGAGCAGUAUUUUUGCAUUAUAUUCCCAGCACUAUUAGCAUGUUUUGUAACGUAGCCUAGCGCGCACAUCUUUUAGCAUUGUAGGUUGUGGGAGCAAUGGAUGCAACGUGAGUGAAGUUGAAGAGCUGGACGCCAUGGAGCUGCGAGUGGGAAAUAAGUACCGUCUGGGGAGGAAGAUCGGCAGUGGCUCGUUCGGAGAUAUCUAUUUGGGCUCUAACAUUGCGACUGGGGAGGAAGUGGCCAUUAAACUGGAAUGCGUCAAGACAAAGCACCCACAGCUCCACAUCGAGAGCAAGUUCUACAAGAUGAUGCAGGGCGGAGUGGGAAUCCCGUCAAUAAAAUGGUGUGGGGCAGAAGGAGACUACAAUGUGAUGGUGAUGGAGCUGCUGGGGCCCAGUCUGGAGGAUCUGUUCAACUUCUGCUCCAGGAAGUUCAGCCUCAAGACGGUCUUGCUGCUGGCUGACCAGAUGAUCAGCCGAAUUGAAUACAUCCACUCCAAGAACUUCAUCCACCGUGAUGUGAAGCCUGACAACUUCCUCAUGGGGCUGGGCAAAAAGGGCAACCUGGUUUACAUCAUCGACUUCGGCCUGGCCAAAAAAUACCGCGACGCCCGAACGCACCAGCACAUCCCCUAUCGCGAGAACAAGAACCUGACUGGCACCGCUCGCUACGCCUCCAUCAACACCCAUCUGGGCAUUGAACAGUCCAGGAGGGAUGACCUGGAGUCCCUGGGUUAUGUUCUGAUGUACUUCAACCUCGGCUCUUUGCCCUGGCAAGGACUCAAGGCUGCCACCAAGAGGCAGAAGUAUGAGCGCAUCAGUGAGAAGAAAAUGUCCACUCCCAUUGAAGUGCUGUGCAAAGGCUACCCCUCUGAAUUCUCCACAUACCUAAACUUCUGCCGCUCGCUGAGAUUUGACGACAAACCCGACUACUCCUAUCUGAGACAGCUCUUCAGGAACCUCUUCCACAGACAGGGCUUCUCCUACGACUAUGUCUUUGACUGGAACAUGCUCAAGUUUGGGGCAAGUAGGACGACAGAGGAUGGAGAGAGGGAGCGGAGAGAAGGGAAGGACGGAGAGGAGCGGGCCGGAGGAGGCCAGAGAGGAGGUGGGGGGCGAGCCAUGGCCCCUGGUCCAAACCCUUCUGGGGCCAAUCGCGCCAGGAAUGAGGGGGACGCAGCGCCUGCUAACCCAGCCAGCCGCGGGGUCCAGCAGUCAGGUAACCGGUCCCCUCAGGCGGGCAGAGCAGAGCGAGCAGAAAGGGAGAGGAAGGUGGCCAUGAGGCUGCACCGUGGAGCUCCAGCCAAUGUGUCCUCGUCUGACCUCACCGCACGCCUCGACCAAUCACGCAUCACCGCAUCACAGGUCAGUGUGCCCUUUGAACAUCUGGCCAAAUGAGAUGCUCCUGUUGGACUGCAGGUCAACAGCAGCAGCAGCAGAGUUCCAAAACACCCCAGACUUUUAAAAUGGAUGAAUGAACUUUAAACGCGUGAGUGGGGGAGAAGACGAGGAUGGCUGGACCCUUAUUUGGGGGAGUGUCCGUGUGUCUGUCCGCGGCUGUGUGAACCUCAGGAGGAGCCAAAAUGGACGCUCGUAGAAACCAGUCGGACUUAAGACUAUUGGACGUGGCUGUUUUUGGGGAAUGCAGCCAAUCAAACGUGACGAAAGGGGUCAAAAACGAAAACCCACCGUGCCCCUUUCCAAUCUUACUCACCUGCACAUCAAUUCUGAAACUCAACUUGCAAAAAAAGAAGACAAAACAUGCACAAAAUGGACUUGUACUUGAGGUUUACACUUGACACCAUCUAUCCGCUGUGGUCCAUUUGCUGUGUAUGGGGAUCAAUAACUACAACUAACAAAGGAUGAUUAAAAAAAUGAUAACUUAACUUAAGGGAGCCCUACGAGUAGAAAGAUAUGAUUGCAGAAGAGAUUUUUGGAUGAGAGUGAGGCUGCUUUUUGUCAGUAAACGUCAAUGUCCGUCUGUGUUAUUGUCCGUGUGUUAUUUUGGCUUCAGCUUUGCUUCAGGAAACGGUAGGGGAGAGAGAUAGAGAGCAGGCUGCUAUCCAUGGGUCUCAGAUGAUAAGGAAGUUGGACUGUUGCCCUAGCGAUUAAGAAUUUCAAACUAAAUAUAUCUUUUGAAUAUGAAAAAAGUCUUUAAAGUAUUGUGUGUAACAGGAAGCUGAAACACAUGAAUAGCGAGUUGCUGAAGUAUUAAUGAACGGAUACAGAUGCUAGAACAUACAACUUUUUGCUAAAACAAUUGUUACACUUGUUUUAACAAAAAGAGGCCAAUACAAAAUAUUCUCAUAGCUCCGAUGUUGAAAAUUUAGCCUAUAUUUGGCACAGAUUUUUUUCUUCUCAAGCUGCACCUGUGUCAUACCCAGAUUAUCAUUUUUAACAGACUAAUGAGUAAAAAUGGAAAUACAGGAUUAAAUAGGCAAAAAACAGCUAUAUGUUUACACAAUCACACAACAAAUAAUUUUAUAACUUAGAUGAAUAUGUUUUAUUAUUUUUACAAAAGUCAAAUGUUAAUUUAUGAACUUAAAAUAUUAACAAUGGUAUCAUCAAAUAUUGAUUAUGGGCCACAACGGCAAGACAAAUAUCGGAUAUCGGUAUCGGACCAUCCCUAAAAUCAAAGCCUUAGAACAGAUUCAAUUGCCAGAAAAGCUAUAAUGACAGACACUGGUAAUGAAAAUAUCCGUUGUUACAUUUGUAUUUUUUUGUUUUUUAAUUUUGCUAUUUUGUAUAUGUACAAUGUAAAUAGACACAUUUGGAAGAGAUUGUUACUUGAAGAUGCUGCUAGAAAGAGAUAGAGUGGAAGUGGUGCCAUGAACCCGAGGAGUCUGCCCGGGGAGGGGGUUGAGGGAUGGGGCAGGCAAUGACAGGUGGGCGUGGGAGGGGUCAGGAUGGAGGGAUGUCGCUGAGGAAGAAGAGGGGCGAUCCGCUGAUG